AUGCAGAUGUCCAUUAUUCUCGCCGCCGGCGUCGGCAGGGCCGUCAUGGCAGCCGUCCAGAUGCCACAGAACGGCACUGCUACCCCCGCCGCUGCCUCGCUCAUGUCUAUGCCCGAGACCGUUGGCGAGUUCGACCUCGUCGGCUGUGCCGGUGACGGGGCCGACUUUGCCAACUUUCAGAUGGUUGCCCAGUCUGCGCUCAUGUCCCUGAACUUGUGCGCUGCCAGCUGCCCGAACAAGUACUUUGCCACCCACGACGAUGAGUGCCACUGCGCUGAUGCGACCGCAGAGGAUAUGACUCAAACCACUCCUAGUAGCUGCGCCAUUCCCUGCCCCGGCAAUGACAAGGAGGCCUGCGGUGGUGCAGCCGCUGCCCUCUCUAGCCGCGGCGCCGGCGGCAAGCUCUGCACCGUCUACGUCCGCCGCCCCAAGCCCAAGGUACAGACCAAGAUCGAGUACCAUGUGCACACCAUCACGGCCUGCCCUCCUACCGUCGUGCACUGCCCUGCCGCGCCCCACGUCACCACCGAGACCAAGACCAUCACCACCGAGGUCUGCCCUGAGCCCGAGUGGCACAAGAAGAAGAUUGUCUGCUACGGCGGCCACUGCGCGCCCGAGUACCCCUGCCACGGCGAGGACUGCAAGCGCGAGCGCGUCAUCUGCCACGACGAGCACUGCUGGACCGAGACCUGCGAUGAAGACGAGGACUGGAGCAAGCUCGUCAUCUACAAGGGCGACGACGACUGCCACUACGCCCCCGGCUGCCGGGGUGAUGACUGCAAUAGGAAGGUUGUCUGCUACGACGGCAAAUGCGUAAUCGAAAAGUGCGUCGACGAUGAGUGCUCCAAGAACCUCCUCUGCCACGACGAUCACGAGUGCCACCAUGCCAAAUGCGACAACGGCGAGCAGUGCCACCAGAAGAUGAUGUGCCACGGCAACGACUGCUCCUUUGUCCCCCCUUGCUAUGGCGAGCAUUGCCCCAAGGCUCCUCUCCCCAAGCCCAGCGGUUCCAAGCCGACUCCUGCCCCCGGCUACUACAAUAAGGGCGACAAUGAGCACAACGGCUGCCACAAGGGUGACCAUGAAAAUGACGGCUGCGAUAAGGGUGACAAUGAACACAACGGCUGUCACAAGGGUGACCAUGAAGAUAACCGCUGCAAUAAGGGCGACAACGAACAUAAUGGCUACAAUAAGGGUGACAAUGAGCACAACGGCUACAAUAAGGCUGACAAUGAACACAACGGCUACAACAAGGGCAGCGACGAGAAAAUCGACUACAACCACGGCAACAAUGGCAAGUCGGACCAGAACGGCGACUACGGCUGCCAUCUUCCCUACUGCAAGCCGGCCCCCGGUGGCAGUGCCAGCAGCACCGGUGCUCCUCGCCCUACCUACCCCCCCAUGGUCAUGGUCGGUGGUGCUGAGCGCAACGGUGCCACUCUCUUCGGUGUCCUCGCCGGUUUUGCCAUGCUUCUGUAG